CGCGAACCCAUCAAACUGAGCUUUGAAGCCGUCUCGAUUCUCGCAAUCUUCUUUUCCGUCAUAUGAACCAUGUUCUUAUCUCAUGCUAUGCAGUCCGACCAGCGGCUACCGUCGCUGUGCCUUCUUUUCCUCCUUAUUGGGAUGGCCCCGGUUGGUGUGCUUUCCCGUAGGCAGGGCAUCGGUGGGAAAGGGGACUUCCCAAUCGCGCGGGGGGCAACCCGAACCCAAAUUGGUCCAUCCGGAUCCAAUGUGCACUUUCACCCUGAUUUGCAAAGGAUGAUGGCGUCGGUUUUAGAGCGCCGGAGCCUUCAAGAGGAUGACAGCAACGAGACGGCCACUGAAGAUCUUAUUCCUGCGAAUGGAUGCAUCAUUUGUGAAGGCGGAACCCUCCUUCCCGACAAAGUUCCGAACCAAAAUUACAUUCAGAUUCCACCGUUUCAAAAUGCAACUUGCCUAGAAUGGCAAAACGAAUAUCUUCCUAUGUUUCAACCCGAUGGGGAACUCUGCCGAUCUGACUUCAUGUAUCAAGACUUAUUUGUUUCAUGCUGCACCCUUGCAAUUCCACGUUACGAAUGCGAACAGAACGUGCACAAUCUCCUUGCGACUAAUGAAAAUUACAACCCCGCUGUUCCGCCGAUUGUGAGCAACAAUGAGCCUUUAAUAGUCAAAACAGAUAUUAUCUUCAUAAAAGCGGAGACUAUCGACGUCAUGACCGGUACGGCUACAAUCCUUAUUAGCGCCAGUAUGGAGUGGAAAGAUCCUCGAUUAGCUUGGACAAUCGAAAGCGAAACCACCUGCGCUGACUACGUUGACAUGUGGACAGGAUACAACAAUCAGGACACAUUUAUAUGGGGUACGAUCAAUUGAGGCUGUUUCCUCCUAAGCAUUGACUGUUGUGAAUUUCUAUUUGUAAUUCGUUGUUCUUUCUCACCUACGAUCUGAUCUUCAUUCACGGCGUGCAUCAGUUCCGGACUUGGAUUUGCUUAAUGUGAUUGAAGGGUUGCAAGAAUUCUCCUCAACUUUGGCUACGGUCUCCAGCAAUGGAGUAGUUAGCUGGUCAGUCUCGGGCUUGAUUACAGCAACAUGUACAAUUACUGGUCUGGGGAGUAUUCCUUUCGAUACGUUAGGUUGUCAAUUCCUCUUUGGAGCAAGAUCAAGACAAAACGCCAACAUGGUUCAUUAUCAGUUUCCCACAGAGGCUACAAUCAAUGUCGCGCAGAGCGACGCAAAAUAUAACGAGUUCACUCCGUUACCGGAGCUAUUCGAAAAAGGAUACACUUGGUCCUUUAACACGGAUUAUCCUCAGGCCAUGUAUUACAACUUUUACUUCAAACGAGCUGAGGAUUUCUACAUCUACAAUGUUUUGGUACGUUUUGGGGGGUGUCUGUGUGCAUGUGCAGGCAUAUGAUUUUUGUCAAAUUCUCACUGGUGUCCUUCGCUGGGAUUUUACGGUGCAGCUCCCAGCUAUGGUCUUGACCUAUUGCAGUUUCGGCACAUUCUUACUGGAUAUGCGUGUAGGGUAUGUAUCGUAACAAAUUACACUCGAGGAAUUACGUCGGGAAUACUUUACUGCAUUUAUUCUCUGUCAUCUCAUUCGUCACCAUUGAACCCGAAAAUUGUCAUUGCAAAUGAAACUUUGAAUUUUAACAGGGAGAGAUUGGGCUUUGUGAUGGCCCUAGCUCUAGUCAUCAUCGCUGCACAGAUCGUUACAUUUGAUCUUGUUCCUGUUUCCUCAUCAAAGUUGUGGAUUGAUAAGUUCGUUUCCAGGUCGUUCUAUUGGGUACUCACUGUACUUCUACAGUCAGUAUUAGUCGCCUUUGUCUCUAUUCUGAGGGAAGAUCGUAAAGAAAAGAAGGUCCGUCAAGAUGAACUAAUAGAAAAAGCUUCUGCGAACCAAGCUGCAAACGAGACAGAAAAUGUUGCUGGUGUUGUUGCCGGCUCAACUGAGAAGAAAAAUGAAGUCGAAGGACGAGAGUUGGAAAAGGAAGAAUCGAUUGUUUGGACCUUUUCUUUGCGCAAAUUUGACUGUAAGUUCACAGUGCUUUCAAUGUUUGAUAGACGUGUUCACUCUUAGAAUAGCAAUCGUCGCUCUGGGAUACCCGAUUUCUUCUAACAAUCCGCUGCAGUCAUUUGUUUGGCAAUUUGUAUUGUGACGUAUAGUUUGUUUGUCAUCGCCAUGUUUGUCUCGAAUUUUAAUGGUUCGUGGACUAAAGAAGAUCCAGAGUGGUUCACACCUGAUAAUUCAUUUGGAUGGGAUGAAUUCCCAAACAAUCAUUACAACGAUCCAAACACUGACCUCUGAAAUGAUUCAUGUUGCUUACGCAUUCACUUGUGCAGUCAAUAUUUGGUUGCUUUGCUGUUCAAGAUAAUUAGAUUGGUGGUGAUAUUUAUUUCUUUGUGUAUGAUUCAUCCCUACUCCAAAACUGUGGUUCAGUGCUGUGCCAUCAAUACCAUGGUUAUAGAAGUCAGGGCAUAAGAUGUAGUACAUAUUACAAGUAUCAAUAACAUUAGCAAAAAAAU